CUAUACUAACGUAAACAACAUAUAGAGAUAUACUUCAUAUAGACAUAGAGACAACAGCAACUCACUGAAAAUUCUAGUAGAUCUAGAAUCUAGACAUAGAUAUAGACUAGAUUUGCAUCAUUUUCGUGUUUUCGAAGAGGCUUACAGUGUAAUACCGGUAUAUGAAACAGAUUCUACUUAAUAUGUUCUAUACAAGAUGGUAUUCAAAACAGAUGGAAAUGUAUAUACUAGAGUUCUAUUUUUAUCUACUUCCAAAUUGGAGAAGUUGUCUACUGAUUACUUUUCUGAACAUCCAAACAAUGAUGUUUUGCCUUUUAUGGAUGAAAUGCUAAAAAAACAUAGAAAAUGUCCUUACUGGUCACUUGUAUUAAGCUAUUGUCCUAGCUGUCUUGAUAAAAAGAAACGAUUAAUUAAAAAGAAAAUUUUACAGCAUGAGUUGACAAGUGACUUCACUAGUGCAAACAAAGUAUAUUUAUUUGUCCGCUCCAUUCUUAUCAAGAUCUUACCUGUUCAGUCCAUGGGGACCCGUCGCAACUUCAAUAUUUUUUUGAGCUAUAUUAAAGAUCUUCUCUCCAUGAACUCACGGGAUAGUAUUUCUGUUCAACAAAUGGUUCAAGGCAUCAAAACAACAAAAAUCAUUUGGAUGAAGUCUCUGGAGUUAAAACAACAACAGAUAAAACUUGAAAAAGCAAUAAACUACAUUGUAGUUAGAAUUGUUGGACCCUUAAUUCGAUCAUUUUUUUAUGUUACAGAAUCAGAAAUGUAUAAAAAUAGACUUUUCUUUUUUCGAAAGAAAACAUGGAAGUGCUUAAUUCAAUUUGCAACCAGUAAGUACAAAAAUUUAUGCCAUUUAAAGAAAGUGUCAGCUGAAUGGGUCCAGGCUAAAAGAAUAUCUGGACAUUGUCUGGGUGUUUCUCAAGCUCGCUUUCUUUUGAAGAAGUCAGGUCUGCGCACCAUUGUUAACAUGUCAAAAGCUAAGCAAGGUAUUUCUAUCAAUCAUCAUCUCAGGACUCUAUUGCAAGUCUUGACUUUUGAAAAACAAAAUUCUCCUGAAACAUUCGGGUUGACAGUUAUGAGUGUGGAGGAUAUUUACAUUCAGUGGAAAACAUUUGUCAGUCAGAUUAAGGAAGUCAAUGUUCAGAAAAUAUAUUUUGUGAAAGUAGAUAUAGAAAAAUGUUUUGACACAAUUAAUGUUUGUUUAUUGUAUAGUAUAUUGAAGAACCUCUUCACAAAAACAAACUAUGACAUUUAUAAAUAUAAAAAGCUCAUUAAAAGAAAUGGUUUAGUCAAGACUGUUUAUUUUGAAACGCUGACUAAGCUGCCAGAAAUGAACAAACAGAAAGAGUCAGAAAAUAAUAAACAAUCAGGUUCAAAUGUUGAGAACAUUGGCUCCUACUUUGUUAGUAAGAAUGUCUUAAUGGAAAAACUAAGAAGCUUAUUAUUUUGUAAUGUGGUAAAGAUUGGCAAACAUCAUUAUGUUCAAACUCUAGGAAUAGCUCAAGGAUCUUCACUCUCCUCAAUUCUGUGUGGUGCCUACUAUGGUCAUCUAGAUAGAACAGUACUUGCUGACAUCAUUGACAAUAAUGAUUUCUGUGUAAGAAUGGUGGACGAUAUUUUGUUUGUCACUCAAAAUAAAUUGAAGGCUAAAGCCAUUCUAAAAUUAUUUUUAGAGGGUUUCCCACAAUUCAACUGUAAAAUCAACUUGAUGAAAACUUGUGUUAAUUUUGACUACAUUCAUCCAGUAUUUGGGAAAGCUCCUGUUCUUCCAGAGAAUGGACUUUUAAGUUUUUGUGGUUUAGGAUUCAAUACAAAGACUUUAGAAGUCUUCAAUGAUUUCUCAAACUAUAAAAGCAUUCAAACCAAAGACACUAUAUCAUGGAGCAUGACAAAAAAUGUGGGUCUCAGUUUGAAAAAGAAAAUGUUUUUUUAUAUACGCCUGAAGUGCUUAAGCAUACUUUUUGAUAGAGACAUCAAUAGGAUAGACACAAUAACUUACAAUUUAAUGACAGUUUUUGCUGUUUCUGCUGUCAAGUUUCACUGCCUUGUCAAACAGUUGCCCAAAAAAAACAGCAUUUCUUCAAAUCCAGCCUUUUUACUAGAUAUUGUUGACUCAUUGCCUCGACAAGUGAUGAUAUUUAUCUCAGGGAAAAUGCGGAAAUUCAAUCGGAAUGAUUUGACUAAAGAAAGAAAUGUAACUACUAAAAGAUAUUUGUUUCCAUUGCCUUUGAAAAGUGUCAAAAACAUUUGUAAAGCAACUUUUCUGCAUAAAUUAAAACAGCAUGGCCAUUUGUACAGUCCAAUAAUUCAACAUCUGGAACAAUGUAUACAUGGACAGAAAUUUGCAUGUGAUCUCAGAGUUUUAUUACCUAAGAUAUUCAAAGAGAUUCAAUUAAAGUAAUAGCAUUUGUAAGUUGUGUAAUUUAAUCUCGUUGUUGGAAUGUAUAUAACUCAGUAUAGAGCUUCUUAAUUAUUUUUUUCAAUUUAAGUUAAACCACUGUUUUAAGUAUUCCAAAUACCUAAUUUUUCUGUAUACAUUACAAAAACACAAUAUAAUUUAUUAAAUAAUAUUAUUACUUAAACUUUUACAAAAUUAUCAGUUUUGAUCCUGUUUGUGCAAAUGCAAACCCCCUUUGUCAUCUUGUUUUUUCAUAUGUUAAGGUUGGUAACUCAAAAGCUAAGCCUCCUCCUUAUUCUAACAAAAAAUGCAUACUCAGGUUAGACUCAAUUUUUAUUUCAUAUAUACGUUAUUAAAAAUAUUUUAAAAAAAUAAUGUAAAGAAUUAGAUCUAAAAUUUGUGCUCACUGAUUAUGCAACAGCUACUUUUUGGUCUUCUUAAAAUGUAUGGUUUUGAUUUUAAAUGUAGUAAUGUUCAUAUAUAUAUGUUUAUGUUAAAGCUUGAAAUCUAUUCAUGUGCAGAUUACAUAGCUAAUCUGCAACUUAACAUAUGACUCCAUUAACAUGCAUGCUUCACAUUUUAUCAGUGAUGUUCACAUUAAUGGCUUCUGUACCAUUAAAGUUGAAGUUAGGGUUAGGCAUAAGGAUUAGUGUUAGGAGUAGGGAUUAAGAUAAGUGGUUAAGCUAUAGUAAGGAGUUAGGGUUAUUGCCUAGUAGGUAAUUUGCACAUUUUCUACUUAUUAUGAAAAAAUGAAACAACUUUUGUUACAUUAAUGAAUUACCUUAGUUAAUCUGCACAAUACCUUGAUAUAAUAUGCACAUUAACAGUUUGGCACACUUAAACAGCAAAAAGCAAAUUAUGCUAUUUAUUAGUUGUAUAUGAGAUUAAUAUCAUCAGCACCUCUAAAAGAUGACAAAAAUAAACUUUAUUUUCAUUUA